GAGCUCGAGGCGACGCCGGGGCCAAUGGGCGCGCGGUUCCGCCCGCCGAGCUCCCGCGGUUGGGGCGGACGCUGGGCGCACUGCGCGGAGACCCGCGGACCAUGGCUUCGGCAGGGGAUGGCGGUGUGGUCAUUUUGGGGAGUGGACUCAUUGGGCAAAGCUGGGCUAUGUUGUUUGCCAGUGGAGGCUUCAAGGUAAAACUCUAUGAUAUUGAGCAACAGCAGAUAACAAACGCCCUGGAAAACGUCAGGAGGGCGAUGAAGCUGCUGGAGCAGUCAGGCUCUCUGAAAGGGCUCCUAAGCGCCGACGAGCAGCUGUCACUCAUCAGUGGUUGUUCUAACCUCCAGGAGGCAGUAGAGGGCGCCGUACACAUUCAGGAAUGUGUUCCAGAAAACCUAGAACUGAAGAAGAAGAUUUUUGCCCAGUUGGAUCGCAUUGUCGAUGACCAAGUCAUCUUAAGCAGCUCAAGCUCUUGCCUCUUGCCUUCCAAGUUGUUUGAUGGUUUGACUCAUGUAAAGCAGUGCAUUGUGGCUCACCCGGUCAAUCCACCCUAUUACAUCCCAUUGGUGGAGCUGGUGCCACAUCCGGAGACGGACGCUUCGACUGUGGACAGGACCCACGCCCUGAUGAAGAAGGUCGGACAGUCCCCGGUCCGAGUCCUGAAGGAGGUGGAUGGCUUUGUCCUGAACCGCCUGCAGUACGCCGUCAUCAGCGAGGCCUGGCGGCUCGUGGAGGAAGGAAUAGUGUCUCCCAGUGACCUUGACCUCGUCAUGUCUGAUGGACUGGGGAUGCGGUACGCAUUCAUCGGACCCCUGGAAACGAUGCAUCUCAAUGCGGAAGGUAUGUUAAGCUACUGUGACAGAUACAGUGAAGGCAUAAAACGUGUCCUUAAGACUUUUGGACCCAUUCCAGACUUUUCUGGGGCAACAGUUCAAAAAGUUAAUCAGGCCAUGUGCGAGAGGGUUCCCGAUGACCCAGAACACUUGGCAGCCAGGAGGAAGUGGAGGGACAAGUGCCUGAUGCAACUGGCCAAGUUGAAAAGUCACAUGCAAUCCAAGUGAAGGAUCUUGUGAUGCUGUUUUCAUUCCUCUCAUCCAAAGUUGCAUUUGAUAGAAUGAUAAGCACUUAAUCAGAUCACCCUUCAACAGCGAGAGAAGCAAUAGUGCUUAGCAGGAAAAUUCUGAACUUGAUUGCCCAUGCUUAGCAGGAGUGUAGCGGUGUUUGCCGAAUGGCCUUCCAAUCACAUUCAAUCGAAACCUGCCCUGGGUUUGAUUGAGCUUUGCAGUCACAGCAGCUCUCCGGGUCCAGGGGCUGCUGAUCCUUCUACCUGGACUAGGAGAAUGGAAUGUGAAGAGUCAGCCUUUAUUUCCAAUGUGAUCACAUAUGGCAACAUCUUUGUAUCCAAUUACUGUAGUUUCAUUACAUUUUAAUCUGUAGCAAAAUAUUUUUAUAAUGGUUUUCUAAUCUGGUAGGACAAUAUUCUGAUCAGAAUCCAUUGAAAUGAUCUCUCAAAGCCUGAUUUUGGCUACUGUGG